AUGGAGCGCAGCAUACUAGGAGUAAAACGGAUUGACCGAAUCCGUAACUCUACGCUGCGCUCAAAAACGCGCAUUACUGAUGUUCGAACUAAGUCCGCCAAGCUGAAAUGGGACUGGGCCGGCCAUGUCUGUCGCAUGCACCCACAGAGGUGGGCCAAAAUAACCACGGUAUGGGUGCCGCAAGACGGGCGAGGAGCUGGCAGGCCCAGACGGAGAUGGCGGGACGACCUGGACGCAUAUCUUAACGACUGGCCGGAGAUUGCUCAAAACCGAGACGAAUGGAAAUCGAGGGGGGAGGCCUUUGCCCAGCAGUGGGACACCGUAUAG